CCUCCUCGCCACUGGCUACUUCUCAGGGCAAAUGGCUUAAGACCCACUCAAGCUCACUGGGAUCGGGGGUGGGAACUGGUGUGUGUGUGUGUGUAUGUGUGUGUGUGUGUGUGUGUGGAGGGGAUCUGGUUCUGUUUGCUUGCGGGGGGUCUCUUCCACCUCCCCCCACCCAGGGGUUGCCCAUCAAGGGAUCCCCAAGUCCAAAGGCACUGAUGGAUCAUUAUCGGUCCAAGAGGGAAUGAUGGCAAAAAAGCGGGGAGGGUCCCCAGAGGGGCAGGAGUUGAGUUCUGGGCUUGGAUUCUCCUUGGAUCAUCCCCUCCCCUCUAAACCAUCCCUGCUGCUCUAUCUAGCAGGACGAAUACAGCCCCCCCUCUCUCUUUCUCUCUCACUAGUUCCUCUUUAUCGCCUUGUCUUCCCUACACCCUUUUACUUCUCUGGGCAGAUUUAUCUGAGGUCUGCUUGUUCUCUGGGUUUUCACCGCCUCUCUCUCUCUCUUUCUCCCUCCCACCCUCCCUCCUCCUGGGGAUGCGCAGUCUGUUAUUAUUCACUUCUUCCUGAGGAUCAUCACAAAUCCACUUUUUUUCUCCCCGUCCAUACGACCGUCCAGUGCUCUGUGGCUCUUUCUAUGUCAACUGGCUUUCACUUGGGUCGGUGCCACGAGGAGCUGCUGAAUAUCUGCUAGUUCCACCACCAUGCAGAUCACUUCUGUAGCUUGAUCCCGACCACCAUGGGACGGAUAUUUGAAAUCCGGAUACGUUUUGGCGCACAACCAUCUCGCUUCCUGAAUGUUCACCUGGUGUUGAGGGAAAGCUAAGAGAAUGAAGACUCUAAGUCCCCAGUGGAAACAUGAUAUGGUGAUGCAGUGCUGGUGCUGAAUUGUUCUCUCUGAUGGCUCUAUGGGAGUGGAUAGCACUGAGUCUUCAUUGCUGCGUUUUAGCCGCCACUGCUGUUUCGGAUCAGCAUGCCACAAGCCCCUUCGACUGGCUCCUCUCUGACAAGGGACCUUUCCAUCGCUCCCAGGAAUACACGGAUUUUGUGGACAGAAGCCGCCAGGGAUUUAGCACAAGAUACAAAAUUUACAGGGAGUUUGGCCGUUGGAAAGUAAACAACCUUGCUGUUGAAAGAAGAAAUUUCCUUGGCUCCCCUCUGCCUCUCGCCCCUGAAUUUUUCCGCAACAUAAGGCUCUUGGGUCGUCGACCAACUCUUCAGCAGAUCACGGAAAAUCUAAUCAAGAAAUAUGGGACCCACUUUCUACUAUCUGCUACGCUGGGAGGCGAGGAGUCCCUCACGAUUUUUGUGGACAAGCGGAAGCUGAGCAAGAAGUCAGAGGGAAGCAAUUCCAACAGCAACAGUUCUUCUGUAAGUCUGGAAACGCUGCAUCAGCUGGCUGCUUCCUACUUUAUCGACAGGGACAGCACCCUACGCCGACUUCACCACAUUCAAAUCGCGUCCACAGCCAUAAAGGUAACAGAAACCCGGACUGGUCCUCUUGGCUGCAGUAACUAUGACAACCUAGAUUCUGUCAGUUCUGUUUUGGUUCAGAGUCCUGAGAAUAAGAUUCAGUUGCAAGGCCUUCAAGUCAUCCUUCCAGACUAUCUGCAGGAACGAUUUGUGCAGGCCGCCCUGAGCUAUAUUGCCUGCAAUUCUGAGGGGGAGUUUAUCUGCAAAGACAAUGAUUGUUGGUGUCAGUGUGGCUCCAAAUUCCCAGAAUGCAAUUGUCCGUAUAUGGACAUUCAAGCCAUGGAAGAAAAUCUCCUUCGCAUAAGUGAGACCUGGAACACUUACAACAGUGACUUUGAGGAAUCAGAUGAAUUCAAGUUAUUUAUGAAAAGGCUACCUAUGACUUAUUUCCUCAACACAUCCAGCAUAAUGCAUUUGUGGACAAUGGAUUCUAAUUUCCAGCGUCGAUACGAGCAGUUGGAGAACAGCAUGAAACAACUUUUCCUAAAGGCACAGAAAAUUGUACACAAGCUCUUUAGCCUUAGUAAGAGGUGCCAUAAGCAACCUCUCAUCAGCCUGCCAAGACAAAGAUCUUCAACCUAUUGGCUCAACCGCAUCCAGUCUUUUCUCUAUUGCAAUGAGAACGGCCUCCUGGGCAGCUUUUCCGAAGAGACACACUCCUGCACCUGCCCAAACGACCAGGUGGCCUGCCAAGGGUUCCUGCCCUGCCUCGUCGGAGACGGGUCCGCCUGCCUGACCUGCGCCCCAGACAACCGCACCCGCUGUGGGAACUGCAACACGGGAUACAUGUUGAGCCAAGGGGCCUGCAAGCCGGAAGUGGCCGACUCCACCGAGCACUACAUCGGGUUCGAGACGGACCUGCAGGACCUGGAGAUGAAGUAUCUGCUGCAGAAGACCGACCGGAGGAUAGAGGUCCACGCCAUCUUCAUCAGCAACGACAUGCGUCUCAACAGCUGGUUCGACCCCUCGUGGCGCAAGCGCAUGCUCCUCACCCUGAAGAGCAACAAAUAUAAAUCCAGCCUCGUUCACAUGAUCCUGGGCCUCUCCCUGCAGAUCUGCCUGACGAAGAACAGCACCUUGGAGCCGGUGCUGGCAGUUUACGUCAAUCCUUUCGGGGGCAGCCACUCUGAGAGCUGGUUCAUGCCUGUCAACGAAAACUCUUUCCCAGACUGGGAGAGGACUAAGUUGGACUUACCCCUUCAGUGUUAUAACUGGACGCUGACUCUCGGGAACAAGUGGAAGACGUUUUUCGAAACGGUUCACAUCUACCUGAGGAGUCGCAUCAAGUCCAAUGGGCCCAACGGCAACGAAAGCAUCUACUACGAACCCCUGGAAUUUAUCGACCCUUCACGGAACCUGGGCUACAUGAAGAUCAACAACAUCCAAGUGUUCGGCUACAGCAUGCACUUUGACCCAGAAGCAAUCCGGGACUUGAUCUUACAGUUGGACUACCCCUAUACUCAGGGAUCCCAGGACUCAGCACUUUUGCAGCUGCUGGAGAUACGGGACCGUGUAAAUAAACUCUCUCCACCUGGUCAACGGCGUCUAGAUCUUUUCUCUUGCUUGCUCCGUCACAGACUCAAGCUGUCUACCAGUGAGGUGGUGAGGAUUCAAUCCGCUUUGCAGGCCUUUAAUGCCAAAUUGCCAAACACAAUGGAUUAUGACACAACCAAAUUAUGUAGUUAACCAUAAAUGUCAAGCACAACACAAAACCUUGAAGGAGUUUUUACAGUGCUUUUGUGGAACAGUUUAUGUUUGGAAGAGUACAUUUAAAUUGUCUUUUCAAUAUCUGUCUUAUAUCGGUCAAUAACGUUGGAUGGCAAUUUACACACAUGAACUUGCUGACAAUGAAUAUAUUAUACUUGCAGUUUUGGUUUAUGAAUGAAAUAAAUACUGACACCAGUCUAGAAGACAUUCUACUUUUUACAAUAAAUUUCAUUUGUAAUUUUAUAUGUUCCGUGGCACUGCUUUUGGUGCAUUACAUCCUCUAGAGGGAACAUAAAAGGAGACCAAUAAAAUUUUGUAGCUGAACAGUUAUUAAAAAGAAAUGCUGUGAGAUUCCUUUUUUUUUCUAUUAAGUUGAGUUCCCUUUUGAUAGAGUUCAGUUGAGAGCUGGAGGAAGGUUUUUAUUGUCAACCCAGGAAAGGUCCACCCCACUGAACUGAAUUGGAUUCUUCUGUAAAAUUUAUGGAUUUUCCCUAAGGGAAAACCAAACUGAUGCCUUUGAGUGUUUGUUACUUUUUUUUUUUUUCAAUCAGUAGCACCUUUACGUUUCUACAGUCUA